AUGUCAAAGGAGAUCAAUACUACUACUACUACUACUACUACUACUACUAUUACGUCCCAGGAAUGGCAUCCUCCUACUUCAUCAGCACCAUCUUCUUCUUCUCUAAUGAUCGAUUCCCAAUUAUCUAAAAAUUUAGCCAAAUAUUCUUUAUUAUUAGAAAAACUGUCCACUUCUUCACAAGUUGAAAAAUUAUCAACAAUAGUAGCUAAAGAUCAUCAAUCACAUUUAGCCAAUUUAAAUGAUUUCAUUCAAGAAUCUCAAUUGAAUCAUAAUAAACAAAUUAGAAAAUUAGAAUUACAAAGAACAGACUUGACUACAGUAUUAACAAAAUAUAAUUCAAUCUUAUCAAAUAUACAAAUAUCAAACAUAAAUGGUCAAUUAUUAAAUAAAAAUAUAACAUCAAUCGAUAAUGAAAAUAUUUUAGUCUCACAAACAUUACAAUUCAUCAAGAACAUCAGAACUUUGAAAAAUAAUAUCAUAUUAAUAGAUUCUGCAUUAAAGGAGAAAGAUUAUCAAGUCGCAGGGAAAGCAAUCAAAGAAAUCAAAUUAUUACCUAAUCAUGAAACUUUAAUAAAUUCAGAAUUUGCCAAGAAAGUUAUACCAUCUUCCACAAUUCAAGAAGAACCAGCCAUAUUAAUUGACAAUUGGUGUCGAGAAUUAACCACUUUAUUUAAAGAAAAAUUUAUAACAGCUGCCCAGAAAAAAGAUAUAGAUGAAUUGACUUUAAUGUUUCAAAUGUUCCCCAUGGUAGGACAAGACCACUUGGGAUUGGAAUUAUAUUCAAAAUAUGUCUGUGAUAUUAUAGCUAAUGAAAGUAGGAAAAUUUUAACUUUUGAAAAGAAAAAUCUUUCAAACUUAUAUUAUUCAAAUGCAUUAUUACAUCUUUUCAAAAUAGUUUCUACCAUAAUUAAUGAUCAUUCCAAGAUUAUUUCCGCCUCAUACGGGAAAAAUUAUAUGAUUCAUGUGAUGGAAAACGUAGAGAAAGAAGCAGAUUUACAAGCAGGGCUUCUAUUGGAUAUAUUUAAUGAAUCAAGAAAUUUAGAUCAAAUCGUUAACAAUAUUAAGCAUUGGAAUGAAAAAUAUCAAAAUAAAGACAAAAAAAACUAUUCAAUUAAACGUAGUAUCAGUACUGAUGAACUACAAAAUGAUAUGGAAAAUAAAAAUAAUAAUACUUCUACGAUUGACAAUAGUAGUAACAAAGACAUUAUGAUACCGAUGAAUCAAUUAUCAACUUUAAUAAAUGAAUUUUCACAAAUCUUACAAAAUUGGUCAAUGUAUUCAAGAUUUUUUUCCGUUAGAUGGAAUGAAUUUUCUGAUAUUAAAACAACUGUCUUGACACCUCCAAAACCUAUUGGUGACAGUAAAUUUAGGACGAAAUUAGUAAAUGAUUCUUAUUUGGAAAGUUUCGAAAUCUUAAUAAUGUAUCAUCUUCAAAAAUCAUUUAAUAAUAGUAUUGCAUUAGAGGAAUUACCAUCUCUUAAUGAAUUGAUUCAAUUACCUACUUUUAAACCAAAUAAAGAUGAAUCAUUAAUACCAAUAACAUCUGUUUUGGAAGAUUUAUCUAUCCUAAUUAGGAAAAAUUUAAUAUCAAAUGUUAACUCAGGUCAAUUUGAUGUCUUAAACAAAUUUAUUGAUAAUAUUUCAAUCUUUAUUCAAAAUGAAUUCUUAGUGAAAUUUAUGCAAAAUAAAAUUAAAAGUUUACAACCGAAAAUUAUUCAUUUAUCAAGUUUGAAAAAAUAUUCUCCUAAAAUUGAUGAUUCAUUAUUACUAUCACCUUCAUCCACAUCUCAAUUACCUACAAGAUCAAAUACACCAGUAAAUAAUCAAUCGAAAAACACUGCAUCCAAUACUAAUACCACAACGAAUGAUGGUUCCAAUAUGAAAUUAUCUAAUCUAAGAGGGUUUGAUUUCAGAGGAGCCGCAGCAUCAGCAUUUACAAACAUUCAAUCAAAUUUACAAACUGUCGUAGUAACUGAAGAAACAGAUACUCAAGAAUCAAUACUAGCACUACAUCAUUACUUGAUUUACAUCAACACCUUAUACUUCACCAAAACAUUCAUUCAUAAAUUAUUAAUUAUAGAAAUCAUUGAUGAAAAUCCUAAAUUAUUACCUGAUAAUUUCCCCUUUCUGAAUAAUUCUGGAACAUUAAGGGAAAAAUUAAUCACAUGUGAAAAUAAAAUAUUUGAACAAACAGAUAAAUUAAUCAAAUGGACAAUAAAAUACCUUUUCCAGAAUUUCUUCCUAUCCAAGAUAAGAAUCUUAUUAACGAACUUGUUUGUUAACAAUGCAUCUCAUACAAGCUCACAUUCUUCUUCUUCAUCCUUUUCUCAUAAGAGAACUGAUAGUCGUAAUAAUAAUACUAAUAAUAACGAAUUGUUCUAUGUUUCUGGAAUAGAUGAUUAUGAAGAUAUGACAAGGAUAAAUGAAUUCUUAAAAAAAUGGCAACAAUUAUUCAUCCCAUUCCAAAAUGUCUUACAACAUGAAGCAUAUAAUCAAUUAUUAUCAUUCGUUGUUGAAUUUAUGAUUAAUCUAUUAGAAAAGAGAAUUUGGUUAUUACAAGUUAAUGAAUUAGGUGCAACGAAAUUAGAUAGAGAAUUAAGUAUAUUUAUUGGGACCGUUUGUGGGUUAAAUUAUAAAUUGAGAGAAAAAUUUACAAAAUUGACCCAAAUUGUAUUAUUAUUGGGAUUCGAUGAUGAUGACUUUAAUUUGGAAACUGGUGACAUUAAAGAUGAUGUUGGAGAGGGAAUUGAUUGGGUUUUAAGUCCACAAGAAAGAAUCAGUGCUAGAAAUUUAAAGAUAGAUAAAAGAAUCUAA